ACUACAAGACGCUAUUGUAUACUUAGCCUACCUACUCUACAUCAUCAUGACCGUGCUCUACAUUCUCGUCAUACCUAUCCUCUUCAGGCUCACUGCUGUCGGUGAAAAACGACUGAAGUCUUAGCCAACGCUGAAGGGCGAACAUAGGUUUAUGGUCAAGGUAUUCUUUGUUAAUAGCAUGAUGCUUUGGUUCAUUCUGUGGGCCGUCAAGUUCUCAUUCCUCGUAUUGUAUAAGAAAUUGAUGGAAGGGCUACGCGACGUAUAUAUCAAGUUAUGGUGGGCUGUUGCUGUGGGCUGCCUUCUGUCUCUCGUUGGUGCUGUGACCUCGCAUAUGACAUCAUGCUCCAGUAUGAAAGCAUGGUUCACACCUGGCAAAUGCCAAACACCUCGCGACAUUCUGCUCAGAUUGCGAGUUUGUACUACACGUACGCCGUUGAUGUCUUGACUGAUCUAAUGAGUAUGUACUACUCGUCCUUAGUACCUAAUCAACUCUUCAGCUCGGUAGCAGGCUAACAUACCAUGUCAACAGUCAUGGCCCUUCCCAUCCGCCUGAUUUGGAACCUCAAAAUGCCCCGC